UUUGUAUAAACAUAUCAGCAGCUGACAUUGUGUAAGCUCCGUGUGGUGGAUCUGGUCAGAAUCGUACACCCAUUUCAAAGCUUCACACGGAGACCCUUUCAAUUUUGGAUUCUUCAGAGGCUGCUUUCAGGAAAUUUGAGGUGAAACUUGUCUGGAUGCUUCUGUUUUGAGCUCCUUAUUCAGCUUUCUUUGCUUGGUUUCUUUCUGGGUUUUGUGUUGGAAUAAGAUUUGGUUCAAUAUUUUGGGUCCUUUGUGGGAGAAGAAGGAUUCUGGGUUUGAUUGGUUCUCUCUUGUUGGGUUUUAAGUUCAAAUUUUGAUUGGAAAAUCCUUGGUGGGUCUGUGAGAUUUUGCUUGGAUAAGGGAAAUUGGGAUUGGAGGUGUGUUGUGGAGGAGAAUUUGAAUAUUGGGUUGGUGGCAAAUUGUGAAAGUUGGAAGCUUUUUGGUGAAGUUUUGAGGUGGUGAUGGUGUUGUAGGGUUUUUAUUUGGUUAUGACUUAUGAGAGGUUUAGGAAUUGAUGAAAUGAGAAGGAUAUUGAACGUUCGGAAUGACAAUACAACUACAAAUGGGUCUUAUGAGGACAAGUCGUUUCAUUGUUUUGGUUACUCUGCUUUGUGUUUCAGCUUUGAUCAGCUCAGAGGAGAGAUUGAUCACAGAAGAAGUGUUCCUCACUCGACUAGUUGAUCCAGCCACUGGAAAGAUUGAUGGAGAUAUGGCACAGCUGUUAUGGGUAUGUUGCAAGGUAGAUUUGGCCCAUUUGGUGGAAAUUAUUCAAGAUCUUCACAUAUGGUUGCCAGAAGAAACAUCUAGUAGUACAGAUGCAAUUAGUUUGAAAAGACAGUCACUGGAAGAAGAAAAUGUGCAGAAAGUUUUUAGUGUCCUACAUCCUCAGGUGAAACAAACUCUUUCAGAUUGCUUCAGAAAGAACAAUAUCUUUUUCGGUGUCUCUGGAGAAGAGAGUGCCUCCAAGAUUUGGUAUGCCAAGUAUAUUGAGUCCCUAUUUCCCAGACCUGUUCCAAGAAGGAAUAUGGGCACUGAAUUGCUAGAGACCUUUGCUGAGGAACCUUCUCCUGCCCCUGCACCAGGAUCUUCUAAACUCAGUCCAGUAUCAUCUCCUGGUCCUGGACCUUCUGCUUCUAGCAUUCCUAGGUCCUUGAGCCCUGCUGCUCCACAAGGAUCAUUUUUUCCUCCUGUGUCCCUAAAUUCAGUUAGCUCACCAGCUCCCGGCUCCGUUAUACAGAUAACUAAGAAAAAGACUGACCGCAAACCAAUUAUCAUCGCAGUUGUUGUAACUGCAUCAGUGACAUUUUUUGUUGCAGCAGUCUUCUUUUUAUGCUGUACUAAAAUCUGUAGGACCCAGCGUAAAGGUAGACAAAAUGACGAGAGCCCUCUUCUUAGCCUGAGUUUAUCCGGCUCUGGAGGUUCUUCGUCUUAUCCUUUCGAAAAUUCAAUAAAAGGAGAGAAGCUUGAGCGUCAAUCAAUGGAGUUAGGAUCAAUGGGACGUGCAUCCAAAUCCCGGUAUGAAAUGUAUGAGGCAUCCAGCAAUGGAAGGCCUUCUAAUGGACUGCCUCCUUUGAAGCCCCCUCCUGGCAGAGCAAAUCCUCUCCCUCCUGAACCACCUUCUUCUUUUAAGCCUCCUCCUGGCAGGGCUGGUCCUCCUCCAACCCCUCCGCCUCCUGCAUCACCUCCCACUUUGAAACCAUCUGGUGGUGGAGCUCCUCCCCCACCACCUCCUGCUCUUGGUCUUCGCCCCCCGCCACCUCCAGCUCCUGGUCCUCGCCCCCAAGCACCUUCAGCUCCUGGUCCUCCUCCCCCACCACCUUCAGCUCCAGGUCCCCCUCCCCCACCACUUCCAAAGGUUGGAGUCCCUCCUCCUAGGCCACCGCCAUCGAUGCCUAUAGGUUCUAAGCUAGCUCGACCUCCACCAUUUGCACCAAAGCGUCCAUCAAAUGCUUCGAGUGAUGGAUCAGUGGCUGAUGGCGAUGCUCCUAAAACCAAGCUGAAGCCCUUUUUCUGGGAUAAGGUUCUAGCAAACCCUGAUCAAUCAAUGGUGUGGCAUCAAAUUAAAUCAGGAUCUUUCCAGUUUGAUGAGAACAUGAUUGAAUCUCUGUUUGGGUACAAUGCUGGUGAUAAAAAUAAAAACGAUCGCAAGAAAGAGUCUUCAUCCCACGAUUCUACACCCCAGUUCAUUCAACUUAUUAAUCCCAAAAAAGCACAGAAUCUAUCAAUUCUUCUCCGAGCUUUGAAUGUGACAAUAGAAGAAGUCUGCGAUGCAGUACGUGAAGGCAAUGAGCUUCCUUCUGAAUUCGUUCAAACGUUGUUGAAGAUGGCACCAACGCAAGAAGAAGAGCUAAAGCUCAGGGCAUUCGAUGGUGCACUUUCUCAACUGGGGCCUGCUGAACGGUUCUUAAAAGGCUUGAUUGCCAUCCCUUUUGCCUUCAAACGGUUGGAAGCCUUACUUUUUAUGUGCAGUCUUCAGGAGGAGGUCACCAACCUUCAAGAAUCCUUCGCAACCUUAGAGGUUGCUUGCAAGGAACUCAGAAACAGCCGGCUGUUCCUCAAGCUUCUAGAAGCUGUUCUUAAAACUGGCAAUCGCAUGAAUGAUGGAACAUUCCGUGGUGGUGCACAGGCGUUCAAGCUUGACACACUCUUGAAAUUGUCAGAUGUAAAGGGAACAGAUGGGAAGACAACACUUUUGCAUUUUGUUGUUCAGGAAAUAAUCCGCUCUGAGGGUGUGAGAGCUGCUCGUGCAGCAAAAGGGAGCCGGAGUUUCAAUAGCAUCAAAACAGAUGAUCUCCUUGAAGAAACUUCCCAUGACUCAGAGGAGCACUAUCGUAAUCUUGGUCUGGAGAAAGUGUCAGGUUUAAGCAAUGAACUCGAGAAUGUGAGAAAAGCAUCAAUAUUGGACGCCGACAGCUUAACAGGAACUGUUGCCAAACUUCGUAAUGCUCUGGUAAAAGCGCGAGAUUUUCUGAACACAGACAUGAAUAAUUCAGGGGAAGAAAGUGGUUUUCACGAAACACUGAAGAGUUUUGUGCAGAAUGCUGAUGUUGAUAUCAGGGGUCUCCAUGAGGAAGAAAAGAGAAUUAUGGCUCUGGUAAAGAGCACUGGUGACUAUUUCCAUGGGAAUGCAGGGAAGGAUGAGGGUCUACAUUUGUUUGUUAUUGUGCGGGAUUUUUUAAUCAUUUUAGAUAGGGUAUGCAAGGAAGUAAGAUUGGCUCCAAAUAAGUUCACUAAGGUUCAGAAAAAGGAAGCACCUUCCUCUGAUCCCCGCCAGCCUCCAACAACUCCAUCUGCCUCUGAACCCCGCCAGCCUCCUUCUCCUGAUCUACGCCAGCCUCCCUUUCCAGAUCUUCAUCAGCGGCUUUUCCCAGCAAUCAAAGAUCGACGCAUAGACAAUUCUAGCUCAGAUGAUGAAGGUCCAUAGAUUUCCAUCUCGAGAAGGUGGUAGAAUCACAAUGACAACAUGCCUGCUCGGUUUCAGAGGCUGGAGCUUAGCCUGCAGCAUAAUCCCUUCAGUUGAAGAUGGCGUUUUGCCAUUUAGAACCGAGAUGGACCGGCGUCACUACAUUGACCUUCAUUGUUAUUUGGUGUCCUGUUGAUAAUGGAAUUGCAGCACAGUUUGAUGAUUGCCUUGGGAAUGUUCACAUCAGUUAUGUAGUUAGCGGACCGUUUUUUCACUUAUUCUUUGUUCAUAAUUUUGAAUGUUUUGUAGUAAAAAGGUGUAGAAAGGUAGUUUUCUGAUCUGUAGAAUUGUUCAUCUUACUAUCAGGA